CCUCCGCUCCAGUUCGCCCGGGCGGGCGCGGCGGCGACGGCAGCGGCGGCGCGGGGACGGCGCGAUGCGGCGCUACCUGCGCGUCGUGGUGCUGUGCCUGGCCUGUGGCUUCUGCUCGCUCCUCUACGCCUUCAGCCAGCUCGCCGUGUCCCUGGAGGAAGGAGCGGGCGGCGGUGGCGGGAAGCCGCAGGCCGCAGCGGCUUCCUGGCUCGCGGGCGGCGGACGCGGCGCCGGGAGAGGGGCGGGCAGCGCGGGCCCCGCGGCGCAUCCCGGCCGGUCUGACAGGUGUAAAGAUUUCUCUCUGUGUUACUGGAAUCCCUAUUGGAUGCUGCCCUCUGAUGUUUGUGGAAUGAACUGCUUUUGGGAAGCGGCUUUUAGGUAUAGUCUGAAAAUGCAGCCCGUUGAGAGAGUGCACCUAGCCGUAGUUGCCUGUGGGGAAAGACUGGAAGAAACUCUAACCAUGUUGAAGUCAGCACUUAUCUUCAGCAUCAAACCUCUUCAGUUCCAUAUUUUUGCUGAAGAUCAACUGCAUGAUAGUUUUAAAGGCAUACUUAACAGCUGGUCAUUUCUACAAACAUUUAAUUAUUCAUUAUACCCGAUAACUUUUCCAAGUGAGAAUGCAGCAGAAUGGAAAAAGCUCUUUAAACCGUGUGCUUCCCAGAGAUUGUUCUUGCCAUUAAUCCUGAAAGAAGUUGACUCACUAUUGUACGUCGACACUGAUAUCCUUUUUUUACGGCCCGUUGAUGAUAUUUGGUCUUUACUAAAGAAAUUUAAUUCCACACAAAUUGCUGCAAUGGCACCAGAACAUGAAGAGCCUCGAAUAGGCUGGUAUAAUCGCUUUGCCAGACAUCCAUACUAUGGAAAAACUGGAGUGAACUCUGGAGUUAUGUUGAUGAACAUGACCAGAAUGAGAAGGAAGUAUUUCAAGAAUGAUAUGACCACUGUGCGACUACGAUGGGGAGAUAUACUUAUGCCAUUGCUUAAAAAAUACAAACUGAACAUCACUUGGGGUGAUCAAGAUCUGUUGAAUAUCAUAUUUUUUCAUAAUCCAGAAAGCCUUUUUGUUUUUCCGUGUCAAUGGAAUUAUCGACCAGAUCAUUGCAUAUAUGGAAGCAAUUGCCAAGAAGCCGAAGAAGAAGGAAUCUUUAUUCUUCAUGGGAACAGAGGUGUUUACCAUGAUGAUAAGCAACCAGCGUUUAGAGCUAUUUAUGAAGCACUGAGAAAUUGUUCUUUUGAAGAUGACAACAUCCAUUCUUUAUUAAAGCCUUUAGAACUGGAACUACAAAAGACAGUGCAUACAUACUGUGGAAAAAUUUACAAAAUAUUUAUCAAACAGCUGACAAAAAGCAUACAGGAUCGUUAUGAUAGACCACCAAAGGAAAGGUGAUUCUUGGUGACCGCUAAAUCAAAUGAAUUAAAACAACAAAAUAUCAGAGGAUAUGUGUGAAGGAAUAGUCUUAGAUGAAGUGUUCAGGAAGGAAUUAUUCAUCUUCAGAAUAAUUUUUUUUUCCCGAAGAAGUUAAAUGAGCAGUAUUUUCAUGUAAUGAAGAAUAAGUUGAAGUCUUGGACCCCAACAAGAAGAUGUUUUUGAUUUCUGAUGUUUUGUAAUGCUAUUUGCUAUCAUUCUAGUACUGAUGAAGAUAUUAUUGAAUGGUUAUAGCCUACAGACUUUGUUUGACUCUUACUCUCAAGUGGGUAAGAGCAGUAGGGAUGUAUGGUUGGAGAAAAAUGUACCUCAUACACAGUGGAAACACUCAAACUGUGAGUAUAGCAAUAAUUUUACGUCAGCACUAACCUCACUUUAAAUGUGUGAGAAAAGAAAGUUGUUUACAGGAGCAGAAAAUGUUCUGUUUCUAAAGAAAUGUGAUGUAACUGAUGUCACUAUCGACAAUCUAUGUGUGCCUUUAUACAUUUCAUCUCUGUUUUAAAAUAUUUUUGUGACAAUCAUGCUUAAAAUUAUUUUUAGUUUAUAAGUAAACUGCACAUUUAAAAUUGAGAGGGAAAACUGAAAGUUUUGGAUAUUAGUCUCUGUGUGUAUUUGUGAAACGUAGAAUUUUCAUUUGUAUGUGCUUAACUGUCUUGCCCAAAGUCAUAUCUAAGAUUAUUAAUUAGGUAUUUUAGGAAAUUUUUUAUCACUUUAAAUGAAAAUUUUCAGCUUUACUGGGCAUUCUGGACACAAUAAAUAUACUGAUAAUAAAAUGAGAACCUAACCAGUGUACUUAUAUGAUGGUGGAAAAUGUGAUGGACCAAAAUGCAUAAGCUAUGUACUUCCUGUGAGCAGCCAUUAUAGUUACAGUGGAGCAGAAAAAAAGUGGUCCACUUAAACCUUUUUCCUUCUACCUCAAAAUGGCUUUGCAAGAUAUUUUUGAAGAAGCAAAUAUACGUAUAGAGCCUUACUUUAAGUAAGUUAGACAACUUUCAUGGAUGAUUGGCUUCAGAAGAUGGUCACGUCUGAUUAUAGAAAAACUAGUUUUGAUUUGGUUGAUGUGCAUGUCCUCCUUCUUUGAAUAUCACUUAAGACAGUUAUCUUUUUUUUUAAUCUUGGCAAUAAGAAAAUAUUACUUCUCUUAGUGUUUUUGACCUGUCUUCUGUAGCUGUAGAUUCUGAGUACUUAGCAUGUACUGUGCCGGGGCACACGUCUUAUUUUGCCAAGUACUGUAUGGUUAACUUCUUUUUCUCCUUUUGACAUUUUAACGCUUAAAUAGAGAAGAGAAAAUCAUGAAGGAAGACUAUCACCUUUGUGAAAAUAGUGGUGAUUGGCUUUAUGAAGACACAGCGCCCUCUGUGGAGACGUGGAAGACGGUCCUCGGUCUUUGCAGUUCAGUCAGGGACAAAUUGAGAGAGGAAGGUGUAAGAAAGGCAGGUUAGAAGCUGAUGGCCAGCCCAGCACUCUUGGACAGAAGCGUUCAGAGAGCACAGUCUGUGCAUCCCUGGCAGAGCACCGUGGUGACUGUGAGAACUUGUGAACUUGUUGAAGUUGAUUUGCUAAAUAAAAAAUGAGGUCCCUAAAAUUUUGAAGUUUGGAGGGUAUAGGAUCAUUUUUAAUGGUCCCCAGAUGAGACCAUUGGCGGUCUGGCUACAUUAGACUCUUGUGGGGACCUUGCUGAGGAUGGAUUCCUGGGCCUCACCUUUGGUGACUCUGGUACCCCAUGUCUAGAUGGGUCUGCACAUUACACAGAAGUAGAGAGAAUUGUACAGUGGUACUCCUUGUCCAGAUCAAACACGUCAGUAUCUUACCACAUUUGUGUCAUCUGUCCCUUUUUCCUUUGCUGAAGUAUCUUAAAGAAAAUGCCAGGUAUCAUGUUAUUUCACCUCUGUGAACACUUCGGUAACUAUAGUGACAUCAUAUCUGCUUUGGCUUCGGUUAAUAUCCAGUUCUUAGGCAGAUUUCCCUUAUUGACUACAAUGUUAGAGUGCAAAAAUAAGUCACAUUAUGAUUCUAUUUUUAAUAAGCACCUCAGAUGAUUUUGGUGUCAGUUAGUUUGGGAACCCCUGGAAAUCAUUUUGCCAACUUGAAGGUUGAAGUUAGGACCACAAUUCUCGGCACAGUUGGUGGAUUAUAAAUGUGAUUCUGAAACAUUAGCCGAAGUACUUGGGGUUAUUGACAAGAUACAAAUUUAUAUUAGGAAGUUGCUUAGAUUUAAUUUCCUUAGUGAACAGAGACUCUUAGCCCCAUAGGCUCUAGUAUGAUUGGGGCUGGGUAGAGUGUGGUCAUAGUUUCACUGGACUGUAUGCUGUGGUCUCACGCCUGUUGUACCUGUUUACACUGUUACACACUCUACAUUGUGGAUCAGUUGGAAGGUUCUUCAUGUGGUUUAUUCAGACCUGACCUAAUUGAGCAUUUUACCAUAAAUUGGGUUAUGGCGAAAACUCU